AUGCAGUACGCACUCACCUUCCUCGCCCUUGCGGCUGCCACCACAUUCGCUCUCCCUACAGCAAAGCCUGCCGAUGAUGGCUCUUGGUACCCAGGCAAAUAUGAAGGCGGCAACACUGGCCUUGACGACGGCAAGUGGGCUCCUGGCAAGUACAAAGGACCUGGCACCGGCUUCGACGACGGCAAAUAUCACCCAUCAAAGCGCAACGAUGAUGGCAGCUGGUCGCCUGGCAAAUAUGAAGGCGGUAACACUGGCUUCGAUGAUGGAAAAUGGUACCCAGGCAAAUACGAAGGUGCGGGAACUGGUUUCGACGACGGAAAAUAUCACCCAAAGCGAGCCGAUGAUGGUUCGUGGUAUCCUGGCAAGUACGAAGGCGCUGGCACUCCGUAUGAUGAUGGCAAAUGGUAUCCGGGCAAGUACCCUUCAAAGCGAAACGAUGAUGGUUCGUGGGCGCCGGGUAAAUAUGAAGGCGCUGGAACUCCAUACGAUGACGGAAAAUGGUACCCGGGCAAGUACCCCUCCAAGCGUAAUGACGACGGCUCCUGGGCACCAGGGAAGUACGAGGGUGAAGGUAUUCCAUACGACGAUGGCAAAUGGUACGAAGGAAAAUACCCUGCCAAGCGCAACGAUGAUGGCUCUUGGGCUCCAGGAAAGUACGAAGGUGCAGGAACUCCCUACGACGAUGGUAAAUGGUACGAGGUCAAGUACCCUUCUAAGCGCAACGACGACGGUUCUUGGGCUCCAGGAAAAUAUGAGGGAGCUGGUACUGGUUUCGACGAUGGCAAGUGGGCGCCAGGAAAACAUGAGGGCGCUGGUACUGGCUUCGAUGAUGGGAAGUACCACGGCUAA